AUGUCUAGUCUCAAGCUCGCACGCAACCUUGGCGUUACUAGUAGUCGCCUUCGUCUGGGGUUUCACCGAAGAUUCCAUACUACUCAGAGAAAAGCACUUGACGAAGAACAGUCAUCCCAGUUCUCGGGCAACAAAUCUUCCGAGGACCAUGGACGCUAUGUAACAUGGGAGAGGUUUUCCGACCAGAAUACGCAGUACAUCAACCGUUUUUCAGCAGUAGAAAAGGAUAUUGUAAAAUACUACGGUGCUAUCGGAGCUUUUGGUGAAUCCUUGAAUAGGUUGGAGAGUAAGGUGGAUAAGGGGUUCGACAAACUCAACAACGAAAUCGACAACAAAAUCGACAAACUCCGCAACGAAAUCAAAAAACUGGGCGACAAGAUGGAUAAGCAGUUCACAAAUUUGCACGGGGCUCAAAAAAAGAAUGAGGGCAUGCUGAUUGUUGGUGGUCGAGUUCUGCUCAUUCCGCUGAUUGCUAUCUGCGAUGCUCACGCGAAUGCUCCCGCGAAUGCUCCCGCGAAUGCAAUCAUUCUAACCCAGGGCCCGCUGGAGCAGUCUGGAGUGCUCCAGAAGCAGUCAGGAUAUACAAGCGAGCAACUGGCGUUCUCUGGCGACCGGACUGAUAUCCGGGUUGCACCGAGCGCUAGGAUUAGGUGUCGGAGCGCGUUGGGCGGACUACUGUACGCUGGGGCGGACAACCGUAUGCCAGAACUCGCCAGGAGCACUUGCCGUAUCUCUGGAGAGGUAGUUUACCUACCGAGCGCCCUGAGCGCCCUGAGCGCCUAUGGCGUCUGGCGAAGGCUGUAG